AUGUUUUCUAAACCACCGAAUUCCCCAGGCCUCCUCGGGACGACACUCCUCACCCUCGCCGCCCUCACAAGCUCAACCUCGGCAUCCACAUCCCCAAAAUGCGACCCUUCAACCUUCACAUUCCCCUCCACCCCAGGCCUCCAACACAUCAAAACAACAGCCGUCCAAGUCCAUAACUACAACUCCUUUCCAAACCGCCUCUCUGAAGCGUCCCUCGCGACAACAUCCGCCUCCACGACCGGCAUCCCCCCCUUCUGCAACGUCACAGUCUCCUACACGCACCCAGGCCACGAUGACCUCGUCAACGUACACGUCUGGCUUCCCCUCGAGAAGAGCGCCUGGAAUGAGCGGUUCAUGGGGUUAGGUGGCGGCGGGUUCGUUGUCGGGGAGGUAGAUGGCGAUGGACCGAGUGCGGCGAUUCAAGAAGGGUAUGUUGCUGCUGUCACGGACGGCGGACACCUCGCGAGUUUGCGGCCUAAUGUAUGGGCUUUACGAAGCCCGGGGAACAUUGAUUGGCCGCUGCUGGUCAACUUUGGAUACAGGAGUCUGCACGAGCUCGCUGUCGUGGGGAAGGCCGUUCUGGGGGCGUAUUAUGAUGCUGAGGAGAGGUAUAGCUACUUCAAGGGGUGUUCGACGGGCGGGAGGCAGGGGCUGGCUGUUGCGCAGCGGUAUCCGGGGGACUUUGACGGGGUGUUGAGUGUGCCGUUCUCCGUGACGGAUGAAUGGAUCCGGCUGUUCAUCGAGAAGGAUCCGGCAUUUGAUCCGGCGUCGAUGUCGAGGGAGACUUUCCGGGACGUCUUCCGGCGGGGAGUUGAGGAGUACGAUUCCGUCAUCGGGACGCCCAUCCCGGAUAUGAGAAGAUUCAGGGAGCGCGGGGGGAAGGUUCUCAUGUGGCACGGUAUGGCGGACCAGGCUAUCUCUAUCAAGGUCGGAAGGGGACUGUAUGAGAAGGCCAAGGGGAUCGAGGCGAAGCGCGGAGUUGAGAUUGAGGAGUUUUGGAGGUAUUUUGAGGUUCCUGGGGUGAAUCACUGCGUUUCGAUGUAUGGAGCGCCGUUUCCCUGGAGUGCGUUGGAGAAGUUGAGGGCGUGGGUCGAGAAGGGUGUUGCGCCGGAGCAGUUGGAUGCGAGGGGGUUCAAGAUUGGAGAGGAUGGGAAGGUGGUUGUUGAUGAGGAGGUUAGAAGGAUUUGUCUUUAUCCAGAGGAAGGGGUUUGGAAUGGGAAGAUUUGGGUUUGUGUAAAGCCCGGAGAGAAGAUUGAGGUGAUAGAGGAGAAGGAGGAACUUUGA